AUGAAAAUCCUGGAGAAGCCGCAGUUCACUGGCUACAGAGAGAUUGAAAUGGUUGACCUUGACGCCCAAGAAACGCCAGGCUCUCCCGACUAUGAACCCCCUGCACCGCAAAUCACCCGACCUUCAUCAGCCUCUAUUGGUCUUGACUCGCGCUCCGUCUCGGUCUCCGCCUCUGGGCGCGGUACACCCCCGGUCGCACGACCUGAUGGACCUUCUGGGGGAGGCAAAGGCUUAGACCCGACGAAAAUGUGUGGGAUAUGUGGAAGCGCCGACCAUUUCACUUACAACUGCGACAAUGACGAGGCAAAGGCAAAUGCUCGAGGAACCUGUUUCCGCUGCGGUCAGUCUGGUCACACCAAGGUUGCCUGCCGCGCUGAGCGAUGCCUUGAAUGCGGCGAAUGUGGGCAUUCAUCCCCCAACUGCAAGUCCACGAAAGUUCUUUCAAAGUUCGAGAAAUCUCGCCUCGAGAGAGACGAGUUCAAUCUCAAGCGACGCCAAGAUUCAUUCAAUGAGCGUCAGCGAGAACGUCAGCUGGGAGGGCACAAUCCUAAAAUCCCCGUUGUUCAAGCCACAAAUUCAACACCGCCAGUGAACGCUGUUGAUAAUUCCGCGAAGAGAAAACGUGAAGAAUCUGCUUCUGAUGGACAACAAGCGCAGCGUCCUCGUACCGGGCAGCCUCGUCCCCCAGUCAAGGCUCCAAGGGGCCCAUUGGGUAGUAAUCAUCCCGGUCUAUCGGGCCCGGCUGCUCGUGGUCCGAAUGUUUCAAGUGUCAGUGGUCACCCAGGUCUUUCUGGUCCCCCUCGCGACAAUCCGGUGGCCAAUGUUCGCAAUGGUUACAAGGGCCCGCCAACCGACGGCCCACCAGGAGGUCUCAUCAAACCUUCUCGCGACGGCCAGGCGUAUCCGACCGAAAAUGACCCGGCGAGGGCUCCGCCGAUGAGACCAGAAGCAGAUGCUCCCAACCAAGGUGCUCUCAAACGCCGACCCCCGAUGGUACGCAAAAAAAAGGAGACAGACCCUUUCAUCCGACCCAAGCCAAAGCGCAAGUAA